AUGGAGACGCCUAAUUUAACUCCUUACCCUAUAACAGAAGAUGUCUGGAUGAUACCAUGCUUUGUCAACAGAGAGGACAACAUAUAUCAACCGCUUUGCAAGCCAUUUAGUACUGAUAUAGAUUGAGAGAAAUUACAAACAAGACAGCCAUGAACUUUAAUAGAAGAUGAUUCUUUAAGAGCUCUCAUAGAGCAACGUGGACCAAGGCAUUGAACGUCCAUUGCUAGAGAAUUAAAUUCUAUUGUACAUAAAAGCCUUCCCCUUAGACAAGGGAAGCAAUGUCGAGAAAGAUGGUAUAAUCAUUUAGAUCCAGGGCUUUUAAAAGGUAAUUGGACAACUCAAGAAGAUAUUUAUAUUUUGGAAAAACAGCUUGAGAUUGGCAACAAAUGAAGCGAAAUUGCUAGGAAUCUACAUGGGAGAACGGAAAAUCAAGUCAAGAACCGAUGGAAAAGCAUGUCCAAAAAAGCUGAAAAAAUAUGUCCUAAAGGAUCCGAUCCUAUAAAUUUCUUGCUAGACGAGAAAAAAUGCAUGGAAAAAGAAACGAAGCCUGAAAAUCCGCUUCUUAAUGUACCAACUCCAAUUCCAAGAAGUGGUGGAAGCCCUGGAUUUGUGCCGUAUACUUUUAAUGAUCUAGGCUUUUCUUCUCUGGCCGACCAAAUAAAAAUGUGCUAUAACAUGGGAGUGGGACCAAACACACAAGCCGAACCAAGUCCAUCUCCAUCAUCUCUCUUGUUUUUCCAAAAUCCAAGUUUUAGAUAA